AUGCUCAACAUCCCUGCGAAGGACUCUUUCACCGCGUCGCCGACAACUACGCCGGGAAACACGCCGGGAAACACGCCGCGAAGCACGCGCGCGCAGGAGGCGGAGGAGGCGAGCGAGCUUGUGGCGGUGGGUUGCUCGUACGCUGUUAUGUGCAAAAAAGGGCGGCGCGAGUUCAUGGAGGAUGCUUACCAAGCCAUCCCGCAGUUCGGCACGUCUCCCGGAAAUGCCUUCUUCGGCGUGUUCGACGGCCAUGGCGGCACCAUGGCGGCGCGGUUCGCAGCGGGCAACAUCGCGGGGAACGUUCUGAAGGCGGCGCAGCAAGGCGCAGAGAGCCCGGAGGCGGCUUUGGUGGAAGGCUUUAAGGAGACUGAUAAACAGUUUCUUCAACAGGUGACCAAUCAAGAAGCCGUCGACAUCGCCCGAUCAUGCCUGGAAGUUGAAAUCAAGGCGUUCAAGCGCAACAACCCUCCCUCCGCCAAAACAAGUGCAUCCUCUCUCUCCACCAUUCCCUCCUUCUCCUCCACCUCUACUGAAUCCUCCUCUCUCACUCUCAACUCCGACGGCAAAGAAUCCGCAUCGGACGACGGCCUCACAACACCUUCCCCGGAUGCCGAUUCAAAUGCCAAGCUCAACCCAUUUGCUCUAAAAACUCCCCGAGAGCGUACCAGCAGCGUUUUUGCUGUCGGGAGUCUAAAACAGGUUACCGAGUCCGCCCAAGAAGGGGACAACCAGGGCCGCGAUAUCACUGCAUUCCCUUCAACGGAGGAAUCUGAUGUGUCAUCCAGCAGUGAAGACUCUGCGAAUGAGGUCAGCGAGGGCAGCGAGGAAGGCAGUGAGGGGAGCGAGGGGAGUGAGUCGGAGGAGGGCGGAGAGGGAGAGGCUGGUUUGCAAGGGAAGGGCCGGAAGGCGCAGGGGACUGAAGAGUCGGUGAAGUCUGCACUGCUGCUGGCGUGUCAGAAGCUGGUGGAGGCUGCUGGGAAGCGAGGCAGCCAUGACGACACGAGCGUCAUGGUCAUCUCCUUGGCACACUACAUGCUCUAG